GGGUACCACUCUCCAAUAAUGAAUCAAAAUUGAAAGGAGUAAUUUUAGAGCUGAACGACCUGAAAUAUAAAUAUAGUGAUUGUUGUAAAUGUAAUAAUUUAAAUUUGAUUAAAAAAAAAUUAAAAUAAAAUGUCCAAAGGAGAAAUAGAAUUUCUUAAAGACCACGGUAAUAAUAAUUGUUUUCUUGGUGAAAUAAAAUUGUCAAUAAAUGGUUGCUGGGUUCAAACAUGUUCAGUUCAAAUUUUUUUAAUUGUUAUUGUUAUUAUAGAAUUUAGGCCCAGUCCUAACUAUAACUUACUAAAUACUAAUGGCAAUAUUUGUGUCCAAUAAAUAAUCACAAUUUCAACAUUAAGGAGCCAAAUCACUUUCACUUUCUUCAUAGAUAAAACUACAGUACCUGCACUGUAGACUAGACAGUGUCAACUCAGUGUGUCACAGUGUGUGUGGAUGUUUCAGUGUUUUAUAGACUAUAGAUCAUCAGAUUAAUUUGAGAUAACUAAACUCUAAACUAAAAUUAUCAAAUAAAUUAAAAAUUAUUAGGCCUGCUUGCAGCUUAGCCCUUCCAUUUUUAUAUGUUAGCAGUUUUGUACGGCCUUGCAGGCUUUUGUACAUUUUUCACUGAUCUAGCGCAAGACACAUGUUGAUUGACAUGUUCAAAACUGAUGGUGCAAUAAUUCAAAAUUUGACAACAGGAAGCUUAAACCCUAUUGGCAUUGCUUCAUUCAAAGUGACCAAGUUGAGUUGAGGUUCGGGAGGCCAUCUCAAUUUAGAAACUGAGUGCUGUUUUAUUGAAUUUCAUUAGUUAAUAUUAAAACUAAAACAGUGUAGUGCAGUAUGGUAGUAACUACUUUUAGUAGUAAACCAUAAUUAGAAAUCUGCGUGCGUAAUUCUUAACAAGAACCGCAGUGUUAAUUAGUUUUAUUUUAAUUUCUAUUAAAUAAUUAAAUAAAUUUAAUAUUACUAUCAAUGACUAGCUUUAGUCAUUAUUUCAAUUUAUUAAAAGGAAAUGAGUAAAAUAAAGUAUAGGAAAACCUGAAAAAGGGAAGGCAAAAAACAGUGAACGUGUUGGCAAGAAGCCUUUAUCAGCAAACAAACAACAAUAAAAACAGAAUAUAAAUGACUAAAUGACAUUUAGCUAAACUGUAGUAUCCGAGAGGGCAGCGAGAGGAUUGUGACAGAAAAUAAGUAGGUGAGAGAUAAAUACAGGCCAAAAGUGAAAAAAAAGAGAAGUAAGUCCACUGGUAUAGGUCAUGACGAGGAGGCGUGGAGCAAAGGCUUUAACAGGUGAAUGAGACCAUGACAUUCAUGCCAUGGGGUAUGAAUGUUCCAUAAGACUGGAUCAGCUUGUUUUCCAGUUUGUGCAGGUCAUGACUGCACAUAUUGUAAAAUCUGUAGUCUUCUUGUGGUUGCUUCUAUUGAAGUGUUUAGAGAUGCGACACUGCUUAUCUUGUGUAAUAUUAUGGAGGUGUUCAGUACAUCUGUCAGAGAGUUGGCGUCCUGUCUCCCCUAUGUAUGACAUCUGGCAGCAGGUGCUACAAUGGUGUCGACAACAUUUCGGUUAGUACAAAAGAAACCAUCCCUUAUCUGAAAACUGCCGAUAGUGAAGGUAAUGUUUUGAGUCAGGACGAUGAAAGGGCAAGUGUUGCAACGGCUGCGUCCACAUGGCUUGGUCCCAAAGUGGGAGGGGGGCAGUGUUGAUGCGACUUCGCACAUGGAGGUCUCUCAGAUUUUUAACAUGUCUGAAAACAAUGAGAGGCAGGAAAGAGAAAAUGUCAAGUGUCUGCGAGGAGAAUGACACAGUUUUUAAGGAAAACAUUUAUGUCUAAAGAUUGUGAGGAUUAUAUGUGAGAAUAAGUUGGGUCCUAUUAUCAUUGCCACUCGGACAUGACCUGAAGGCAUCAACAUGGAUAAUAUUUUUAACCCUUUGAAGGGCUACAUCAGAUCACUCCUUUCCAUUGUGGUGACCCUAAUUCCAUCAUCAAUGUACCUUGUGUAGAAUUCAGGGAUUGUAGUUGCAUUCGACAAUGUGUUUGAAAUGUCCCAUGAACAAAUAUGUGUAAACUUUUCUGAACACUUUUUCAUGCUGUUGUAUGGCUUUUUGGGGACUUUUGUGCAGUUUUUUUAUGCAUGGCCUAGCCUAAAAUAAAAUAAACUAGUAAUGACUUCUAUUUCUAUCUAUUUCAGUGAACAAACUCAGCCAUUCGCUUUCCCAGUAUCAAAAAGCCUUUCCAAAUUUUAUUCUUGAAGAGCAUGGAAUUACAGAAGUAAGUUUUUCAUUGUGAUCAUAUUCUAAGUGUCCGAACUGAUUAUAAUUAUUAUACAUUUUAUGUUAGGGGCCAUCCAUUCAUUAUUCAACAAAAUAGGGAAGAAGGGGGUGGGGGGUGGAUAAAGUUUGACUAUUGUUGACAAGGAAAAAGGCAGAGAGGGUUAAACAGAAAUUUACUUAAACAAUUCUACUUUUCUUUGAUAAAAUUAUUUAUAUAUAUAUAUAUAUCUAUAGAGCAUUAAUAAGCAUCAAUAAUUUGUUCAAAUAACUAUUAAUUGUAAUGGCUUUAAAAACUCUUAAAAUUCAAAUGGUCAGCACUGAUAAUGCAUUAUUGGGCCCAAGAUAUUUCUACCUGCUCCUCAAAAAAAAAAAAAAAAAAAAAAAUAUAGGAAAUUUUAGUUGUUAAAAAAAAAAAAAAAAUAGAAUUUUUUUAACAAAAAAAAAUAAAUAACUAUUAAUUGUAAUGACUUUAAAAACUCUUAAAAUAAAAAUGGUCAGCACUGAUAAUACAUUAUUGGGCCCAAGAUAUUUUUACCUGCUCCUCAAAAAAAAAAAAAAAAAGAAAGAUGUGGGAAAUUUGAGUUGCUGACAAAAGAAAGAGGAUGGCAAUUAUUUAACCAAAAUAAAAUUCUGAAAUUUAUGCAUUGAACCGUUUGACCAGAGAAAGAUGAUGUCAGCUGAUCCCAUAUAUUAAUAUGGCAAUGAUUAAUUAAUCAGUUUCUAUGAGUAGUUGCAAAAGUGAAACAUUUGGCUAUUCAGCAUAAAGAUGAAUGUAACUGGCAAUAAAUUUACUAACAAGAAUUUUUAGACUUCAUAAAUUCUUUAAUAAAAUCUGCAAUAUAAAUUGAAUCUAGUCAUAGAUUCUAGCAGUUAAAAAUUUAAAAUUUGUUAAAAUUUGUUUAAAAAAUGUACUAAAUUUGUUGUUCUCCCGCCUAUUUCUAUAUGCUCUAUCUCCAGCAUUAAAAAAGAAUAGUAUUUGUUUAUUUUCAUUUUCUUUGAGGAGUCCUUUAAUCAAUUGUUGACAUAACUUUGACAGUUUUUUGACAAGGGGGUGGCGGGGUUUGAAAAUUGCAAAAAAAAAAUGUUGACAUAAUUUAUGGGUUGUCCCAUAUAUAUUUAGUGUCUUUUUUGUUUAAAUAAUUUUAAAUGUGCAUAGCAAAAAAAAAAUUGAAUUUAAGGGGAAAACUACAUUCAUUGACUUAUAUUUAUAUCUUAUUGGUUAAGUAAACUUUUUUUUUUUUUUGUGUAAACAUGAAAACAGUUUGACUUUGUUUAGCUCUGGCCUUAAUUUUAUUUCAGCAAGAUGUAAGGGAUCAGCCUUGGCUAGCAAAUAGCAAGUAUGUGUAUUUAUUUUUUUUGUUUAAAUAAUUUUAAAUGUGCAUAGCAAAAAAAAAAUUGAAUUUAAGGGGAAAACUACAUUCAUUGACUUAUAUUUAUAUCUUAUUGGUUAAGUAAACUUUUUUUUUUUUUUUUGUGUAAACAUGAAAACAGUUUGACUUUGUUUAGCUCUGGCCUUAAUUUUAUUUCAGCAAGAUGUAAGGGAUCAGCCUUGGCUAGCAAAUAGCAAGUAUGUGUAUUUAUUUAUUAAGGCCAUAGUGUUAUAAAAAUAAUAUCUACACUACAGGUAAACUGAAAUCUCUUUAACACUCACUUUGCACCAGACAAGUGAGGAAAGGGGUGGGAAACAUUGCUUCCCCUUUAUGGCUUUAAAUACUGUUUUUAUACACAGUCUUCCAGGAAAAGAUACACCCACUUCAAGAAGUGGCUAUCUUUUAUGGCAGUAUAUUUUUUCUAAUUGCCUUCACCCCUUUUACACUUAUUCACUAGGUUCUUUAAUAUGUUUUCUUCACUAAUGGCUUACGCAUUAAAAUGUUGACAUUUUAAUUGAGAUGUAAAUUUAUCACGUUCGACUAAUUGAGCUUUAGGGACAAAACAAGAAAAUGGGCUUUAAAAAUAAUUAUAUACUUUGAUUAAAAAGUUUUUUUGUGACAAUAUUUUUGUUAAAAAUGCUAAACAAAUAGAUGUAUUUUUUUUUAAAAUUGAAACCUUCAAAUUUGUAUGCUAUUCUCCACAAAAUAAUUUUUUAUUAAUUGAUAAAAAUAGUCUCAUUUGUUAUAAUAUUACUGUUUAUAAAAAACAAAAAUAUCUAUUUUACAAAUAGCUUAAUAGAUCCCCCAAUCAUGUCCUUAAUUUUUUUUACUCUUGCUUCAUUCAUACUUUAAAUAACACAUCUUUUUUUAUUAUUUUUUUUAUUUUGUGUGCACAAUUUCACUCCACAACAGCUAUCACACUCCAUUUCAGAAAUGUACCCACAUGGUGGACAUGAUGAGUUCUUGUGUGUUAGUGCAAUUAUUUAUAUGUAGUUUGAAGUAUGAAUAAGCCAAGAAUUUAAAAUGACAGAGCGUGUAUGCAGUGCUAUGUUAUGGUGCUAUAUACAUAUGUUUAUACAUAAAUAGUUUUGCUUUGUUACAACAAAAAGUUACUUAUACUUUUGGUAACAUGCAAAAUGCAAAUGAUUAUAUUUUUUAUUAUCCAGCCAACUCCACCCAUUAUUACGGGAGUAUGAUGCUACUAUCCAUGGAUUGCAAGGUCAAAUCAGUCAUCUUGAGGUGAGCAACAUUUCUCUUUAUUGAAUAUUCGAAAUAAUCGUUACAUAUUUAAAAACUGUAAACAGUUCAUAUGAUUUACGUCUAUUAUACUUAUAAACAUAAUGAAAUUUAAAUUCAAGACAUGUAUUGAUCAAUCAUUAUUUUGCUAUCUGCAGUUCAGUUAAUAAGUUUUUAAAUUAUUCUCUUGUAACAGAUAAAUAGAAAAUAAAAUGGACAAAGGUCAUUUUGAAAAGUUAAAUAUUUCAUAAUUGAAUAUUUUUGUACAUAGAAAAAAUAGCUGUGUAAUAGAUUUAAAAAAAAAAAAAAUUUCUUUCAUCCUCAAAAGCAUGAACUGGACAGAUUGAGGAAUCAGGCCAGGGAGUUGAUUCAGGAAAAUGAAAGGUCAGUUAGUAACAGUGAAUUAUGGUUUAAUUUUAGUCAGAAAAUGAUAGGUCAGUUUGUAACAAUAAAUUAAUAAUUAAUACUGCUCAAGCCAGAAAAUCUGUACCGUGUUAACAUAAAAGGAUGGUUUUCCAAUGUGCAUGAAAUAUAUUAAAGAGGGAAAUUGACAGACAUGAGAAUUAUUUGCAAUCAAUAUGUCUAAACACUUUGAAAGGUAUUGAAAUGGACAAGUUGACAAAGGUAUUGAAAUGGACAUGUUUACAAAGUUAUUGAAAUGGAAAAGUUUACAAAGGUAUUGAAAUGGACAUGUUUACAAAGGUAUUGAAUUGGGAAUGUUUACAAUUCCAUCAUUAUCUCAAAGCUUGCAGCGUUCACAAAAACAAUUUAAAUAGAUUGCAUAUCUAGCACUGACUUACUCAUCCAAGCAUCUCAUGUUUACUAUGGUCUGCCUAACAACACUGACUGCCUUCAUCAUAGAUUAAUUUGUUAUGUGUUCAAUAGGCUUCACCAAGACCUAAAAGAAGCCAUCCAAACUCACAUUUCACCUAGACAUGGUGCUGGAGGAGGCGAUGGUGAUGAUGGAGUGCUCCUACACAACCUCCAGCAGCAGUUGGAACUCAUCAUGCAGGUAUAUCAGUCACACAUUGGCAGGUAUGAUGACACAGGGCCUGGCACUGUCACAAAGGCACAGGUGUAUCACUCAUACAUAGGAAAGUAUGGUCAGAUAGGGCCAGGAAUGGCCAAAUAGGGGCAGGUGAAUCACACAUAGGAAGGUAUGGCCACAAAGGGGCAGGUAUGAUCACAUUGGGGCAAGUACGGUCACAAAAGACAGAUAUGGCUACAUAGGGACAGGUAUCGUCACAAAGGACCAUGUAUGGUCACAGGGGCAGGUACUGUCAGUGGCACUGCCGUUUCAAAUAUUUGUAUGUUGUAUAUUUAGUUACAGUUUUUAAACAACUUUUAUGAAUUUACUCUAUCAAUGACAAUGUCUGACUAGGAAAGAAAUAAUGACAACUUGUCCUCAAACAUUGACACGUAUGGUUUCUAUUAACGCAGGAACGAGAUGCAGCGCAGGAAAAAUGGAGGGAGGCUGGCCAGGAAGUGGACCGUCUGGUGGCGGAAUUGGAGGUACAGGAAAUAGUUGAUGACAGUUUAUCAUUGAAUAUAUUUUGUCCUGUAUGUCCUUGUAGUUUCCCAACAUGAGAUUUCCUACCGGGAAUUUGCAAAUUAUUUGAGCAUUAUUUUAAUCUUUUCCUUUCUUACCAUUUUUAUUUAUGGCAGUUUUUCAUUGGCCUGACAUGAAGAAGUGUGACUAUCAGUACAAAUAAAUUGCCUUUCAGGGCUAACAAUCCACUGGUGCUUCUGAUCUUUGGGAAAUUUAGAUCUAAAUUUUUAUUCAUUUUAUUUGUGUUUGCACUUAGUUUUUGUUUGUCAAGGGAUUGGGGAAAGCCGAGGCCCUGAAGUAGUUGGCCAAGAUGAAGCUCUGCCGUAGUUAGCCAAGAUGGGGCUCUGCCGUAGUUAGCCAAGAUGGGGCUCUGCCGUAGUUAGCCAAGAUGAAUCUCUGCCGUAGUUAGCCAAGAUGGGGCUCUGCUGUAGUUAGCAAAGAUGAGGGUCUGCUGUAGUUAGCCAAGUUGGGGCUCUGAAGUAGUUAGCCAAGAUGAGGGUCUGCUGUAGUUAGCUAAGAUUGUGCUUUGGUUUAGCUAUGACAGAAAUAAAACUUGAAUUUUACUGUUCUCUGAGAUGAGUCUUAUCAUCAGAUGUUACAUUUAAAUUUUUCUAUGAAACUGUACACCAUACAUGUCAUUAAACUGUUUGUAAUUGCAGAUGGAGAAAGAGAGUCACCAGUGGAGAGUGGUAGAACAGCAGGCUCAUCAGGUUAGUAAAAUCAAGACUUCUAUAAUUUUUAUUUGGUCAUCAUGUAUGUCCAUAAACUUGGGCCCUAUGUCACUGAUGGAGAGCUUACCCUGUGUCACUGAUGGGGAGUUAACUAUGUCAUUGAUGGAGAGCUUACUCUUUGCCAAAUGGAACUUCCAAUGUUACCUCCAAAUGUCACAUCCAACAUUACCUUAAAAUGUCACAUCCAACAUUACCUUAAAAUGUCACAUCCAACAUUACCUCCAAAUGUCACAUCCAACAUAAAUUCAAAAUAUUUCAUCCAUCAUUACCUCAAAAUAUUACUUCCAACAUUGCCUCAACAUAUUACAUCCAACAUUACCUCCAAAUAUCACAUCUAACAUUACCUCCAAAUGUCACAUCUAACAUUACCUCCAAAUAUCACAUCCAACAUUACCUCCAAUGUUUUCUUACAGGUUAAAUCUCAAUAUCAGGAAUCAGUGACAGCCCUCAAUGGAGAAGUUGAAUCCUUGCAUACAGAACUUAGGUCAGUCUGUCUCCUCUUGUUAUAGCAUUUAUGAAAACUCUCUCAAUUAUCACACCAAAAUUCUUUCAUGUCCUGAUGUAUUUUUGUUUUAAGAAAUGCUAUUUCAAUGUAGUCUGCCUCUGUAGUUCAUAUGUAGUGUUGAUAUGUUUCGAGUACUGUGGUGACGUGUUUGUGAAUAAUUUUCAGAGAAAGUCGAACAGAGAACAGCCGUCUGAUGCAGAAAGUUUCUGAGCUAAAGUUGACAGUUAAUGAUCUGCAGCAACAGCUGGUUUGGAAGGUGAGAUAAUGUUGGGAAGGUGACAUACUGUCGGGAAGGUGAGAUAAUGUUGGGAAGGUGAGAUAAUGUUGGGAAGGUGAGAUACUGUAAUGACACAAACUGUGGCAUGAUUUCAAAUUUUUAUUGUCUAUUUUUAAAAAUAUGUUGUUUUAUGUUUCAUUCUUUCUUCCACUUCCAAUGGCCUCCAUUUGUAAUUAUUACUCAUUUCAUUGCUGGUAUUUUUCUAUUUGGUUUUCCAUCAAUUUAAGCGCUUCAGGUAAUGCUGUGCUGUAAAGGAUGUUUUUCUUACUUGACAGGCCCAGGAGCAUGCGGACACCAUCUUCAAAGAGGGCAUGACGGACAGCAAGGUCUAUGAACUGAAGAAAGUCAUGGAUGAUCUCAGACAGCGGUGAGUCCCCUAACCUUUCACUAAAUUACAUUUAUUUUAUUGAUUUUUUAAUCAGUAUUUAACCCGCUCCUGUUUGUGGCUGAGCAAGUUUUGGCAAGUCUGUUGCAUUAAAGAUUUCUUAAAUAGAUAAGCACAUAAAUAAAAAGUGAAAAAAAAAACAGUGAGUUUCAAGUGAUAAUUGACACUGUUAUAACAAAAAAAACAGAUGUUUUUUUAAAACUAUGUUUGAUUCUCUACUUCAGCCUCUCAGACAUUACCCAAGAUGCCAAUGAGAUGAGACGUGAGAACACCAGCCUUGCCACACGUGUGACAGACCUACAGAGGCGGCUGUGAGUUGAUUCAGUUAUUUAGCAGAUGUAACAUAUUGAUACAUUUUAUAAACUGUUAGAGUCAGGGACCACUUCCAACUAAAGAAAACGAAGCGGAACAUAAGUAUCAUUAUUUAUCAACUCUUUAAUAUUAAAAAGCUGCCCUCCUGAGAUUAAUAAUUUGCAACUUUCAAAUGAAUUUCGGAGUAAGAUUUAUACACAUUUUAAAAAGUCAAUUCUAACAAUUACUGGACAUUGAUCAAAUGAAAAACAGUCCCUGGGUCAGCAAAUAAGACCAAUUUUCAUUCAUUUAAAUUUUCCUUCUAAGGUCUGAAACAGAACUUCGUGAAAAUGAGGCCAUUGGACAAGUGAGAGAUGCAGUCCAGAUGGCGGAGGCGGCCAUUAUAGAGAAAGAUCAGGUAUGUUAAGUAUCUCAGUUGCUGUUUAUUUCAAUAAUUUUAUUUUUGAAAGGGAAGGAAGGAAAAGCGGGUAGCUAAGGGUUAAAGAGAGCAGACAUUAGAUCCGUGGUUUCCAAAAUUCAUGGUAAUGUAAAUAUCACAAUCACAUAUUCAAAGAUCAAAUUUGUUGGUGCUCUCCUUUGAAAUGGUGAAUACCACUACAGGGGAAGCCACAGCUACAAGAGAAAGUGAGGUUAUGUUUUGAAAAGAGUUAUUAUAAUAACUUAUGUUGUCCAUAUAUUGUCUGUAAAGUAACUAACUUAACUCAUUCACAGUGUGAAAUUCUGGCCAAGAAGAAAUCUGAUGAAGUGGAGGAGAUGAAAGGAGUCUUGGCUAAAAUCAUCAACAAAGCGGGUGCAAGAACCAGGGAAGAAGUAAGAUGAGACAGUUAUUCAGAGUUGAGACCGUUGUUCAUGGUUGCUACAACUGUGCUGUCUCUCUCUAUAGCUUGUCUCACUAACAUUUCUCUAUAGUUUUAUUUUUGGUGAUCUUUCUUCAACACACACUGAUUUAUUUUGCAAUCUUGACUCUUAAAUUUUUAAGGUUAAUUUUAUACUCUUCGUUUCCCUAAGAAUAAACUGUGUAAUUUUUUUUUUAUGUUAACAAUUGAUUGUUAAAAAAAAAAAUUAAAUAAAUGUAUAGAUUAUUAAACUUUUGGCCUGUCUUAGCUUAAAUAUACAUUUUUUUAAUGCAAAAAAUUUUAUAACCAUGUUAUAAAAGAUUAUUACUAUUAAAACAUAUUUUCCCCAAAUGUAAGUCUUACUACCGCUAUUUUAAAAACACAAAGAGAAAUCAACCCAAUAAAUGUGAUGGCACCUUGUUUGAUUCCCUGAAUUAUCUGCAGGUUGACAAUGUUCGAAAACAGUGCAAUGAUCGCAUCACCCAGCUGACCGAAGAGCUUCAUGUCCUGGAGAUGGAAGGAGUUGAGAAGCAAUCUCGUCUUGACAGGCUCCUAAGAGAGAAAAGGGCAGUGGAGUCAGAACUCCAGCAGGUGAUUGUCUACUAGAUAUCUCUAUUUGGUUAUCUCCCCUCUCUGAAUAAAUAUUCUAUUUGAAGACUCUUUUAGUGAUUUGGAGGAAAAAUGGGGGGGGGGGGGGGGGGGGCUCUAAAACAUUUCAUCAUUAUUUCAGUCAUCUUAUAAGGUUUUAUGCUGAUUUAUAAGUACUUUUAUGUCAGUGUCUCUAUACUUAAGGUUUGCUAAAUUGUUCUGAUAUUUUUCUGCAAAUGUUAAAAUUGUAUCUUUGAAUCUGGUCAGAUAUUCAAAGAGGGCGCGGCUGAGGGAUCAAAGUCCAAGGAGGCCUAUCAACACUUAAACAAACGAGCCAUUGAAGCUGAGCGAGCAAGGGAUGAAGCCCUGAUGAAGAUUGACAGCUUACAGAUACAACUGGACAAAAUAAUACUUGAGUAAGCUGGAUGCGUGUCUUUUAUUUUUGUUAUAAUAAUUCAUUGACUGCCACCACCAGCGGUUUGACAGGUAGGAGCUGUGGCAGGUGGCUGCUCACAAAACCAACCAAUGUUUUUAUGUAAAUCUUACUGGGAUUUUUUUUUAAUACACCCGUUAGAGUUGUCCAAGAGUUCUAUACGGACUAGAUUUAAUGGCUUUUAGAAGACAGGAUUUAGCCCUGUUCUACAAUGGUGGGAAAGUGCUUAUUAACUAUUUAGCAAAUAGAAUAAAAGCUAACAUUUAAAUAUUGAAAUUGAAUGUUCUACCAAGGUUUAGAAUUGCAUGAAUCGUCUUUGAGCAAUGCUCUUGAACAGCGACUCACAAAGAGUCACGUCCCCAGACCAGACCCCAACUUCAUGUGACUUAGUAGAGGCCUUCCUGCAAACUAAUUUUCCUGCCGCAUGAUAGCCUAGGUCACCGCACCCUUCACAACAUGGAGACUGUAUGUGUAAAUUGGCCGGGUAAAGACCCACUAGGCUUGGCAUGUGACCCACUAGGCAGGAAAUGCUCUCCCAGAGAUUUACAUGAUAUGGCUCAUUUGAAUUGUUCAAUAAAUUCGCAUUAAACAAUUAUUAAAUAAUGUGCAAUAAAUAAGAUGACAUUAAAUUUUUAAAAAUUCAAUAACAUAUUAUUUUUUUAGCUGAAUAAAAUUUUUACAUUAAUUUAGCCUCAAAUGACAUGUAAUUUAAUCAAAUAUGUUGCAUUCUACAACACCCAACAAUAAAUACAACAAAUAAUUUGUCAAUAUCUAUAUAUAUAAUUCGCCAGCAAAGGUUAAACAUCACCACGCAGGCUAUAUAUAGAUAGGCCAGAGUGUGGUUAAAUAAUGAGUUCACUAGCGCGCAAAAUAUAAUUCUGAUAACUAUGCUAAAUGAUAUAUAUAUAUUUUUAAUAACGCAAUUGCGUUGGUGCGUAAUAUUUUCUUUUCGGAAAUGAAAUUGUCUCAAUUUAAGUAUUUUAUAAAAAAUAUUUGUUUAAAAGUGUUUGGGACAUGAGAAUAUUAAUUUAGUUCAUGGGCGUGAAAUAAAAAGUGUGCAGUGACGUAUCAUGGGGGAAGGGGUGUAGCAAAAAGUGGGUUUCUUAAAUGUGCGUUACUUGAGAUCCUGUUUUGUCAAGUAACUUUACUAGAUGGGAAGUUCACGCCGCCAAUGUUUGGCAGAGUCUAUCUAGUAUUUUAAAAAUUGUUUAAAUGUGCCGGUUGUCCAGCAAUUUUCAUGUUAAGGCACAUAUCGCGCUGCAAUAAAUAGUCUUUGCAAAAUGCGGUUGGUAUUUGUGUGGCAAUAAUUAGUCUUUGCAAAAUGUGGUUGGUAUUUGUGCUGUAAAAUAAAUGGUCUUUGCAAAAUGUGGUAGGUAUUUGUGCUGCAAUAAAUAGUCUUUGCCACAUGUGGUUGGUAUUUGUGCUGCAAUAAAUAGUCUUUGCCACAUGUGAUUGGUAUUUGUGCUGUAAUAAAUAGUCUUUGCAAAAUGUGGUUGGUAUUUGUGCUGUACAAUAAAUGGUCUUUGCAAAAUGUGGUAGGUAUUUGUGCUGCAAUAAAUAGUCUUUGCCACAUGUGGUUGGUAUUUGUGCUGCAAUAAAUAGUCUUUGCCACAUGUGGUUGGUAUUUGUGCUGUAAUAAAUAGUCUUUGCAAAAUGUGGUUGGUAUUUGUGCUGCAAUAAAUAGUCUUUGCCAAAUGUGGUUGGUAUUUGUGCUGUACAAUAAAUGGUCUUUGCAAAAUGUGGUAGGUAUUUGUGCUGCAAUAAAUAGUCUUUGCCACAUGUGGUAGGUAUUUGUGCUGCAAUAAAUAGUCUUAGCCACAUGUGGUUGGUAUUUGUGCUGUAAUAAAUAGUCUUUGCAAAAUGUGGUAGGUAUUUGUGCUGCAAUAAAUAGUCUUUGCCACAUGUGGUUGGUAUUUGUGCUGUACAAUAAAUAGUCUUUGCAAAAUGUGGUAGGUAUUUGUGCUGCAAUAAAUAGUCUUUGCCACAUGUGGUUGGUAUUUGUGCUGCAAUAAAUAGUCUUUGCCAUAUGUGGUUGGUAUUUGUGCUGUACAAUAAAUGGUCUUUGCCAAAUGUGGUAGGUAUUUGUGCUGUACAAUAAAUGGUCUUUGCCAAAUGUGGUUGGUAUUUGUGCUGUACAAUAAAUGGUCUUUGCCACAUGUGGUUGGUAUUUGUGCUGCAAUAAAUAGUCUUUGCAAAAUGUGGUAGGUAUUUGUGCUGCAAUAAAUAGUCUUUGCCAAAUGUGGUUGGUAUUUGUGCUGUACAAUAAAUAGUCUUUGCAAAAUGUGGUAGGUAUUUGUGCUGCAAUAAAUAGUCUUUGCCACAUGUGGUUGGUAUUUGUGCUGCAAUAAAUAGUCUUUGCCAUAUGUGGUUGGUAUUUGUGCUGUACAAUAAAUGGUCUUUGCCAAAUGUGGUAGGUAUUUGUGCUGUACAAUAAAUGGUCUUUGCCAAAUGUGGUUGGUAUUUGUGCUGUACAAUAAAUGGUCUUUGCCACAUGUGGUUGGUAUUUGUGCUGCAAUAAAUGGUCUUUGCCAUAUGUGGUUGGUAUUUGUGCUGUACAAUAAAUGGUCUUUGCCAAAUGUGGUUGGUAUUUAUGCUGUACAAUAAAUGGUCUUUGCCAUAUGUGGUUAGUAUUUGUGCUGUACAAUAAAUGGUCUUUGCCAAAUGUGGUUGGUAUUUGUGCUGUACAAUAAAUGGUCUUUGCCAAAUGUGGUUGGUAUUUGUGCUGCAAUAAAUAGUCUUUGCCACAUGUGGUUGGUAUUUGUGCUGUAAUAAAUAGUCUUUGCCACAUGUGGUUGGUAAAGCCAAAAUAGUUCUACAUUAAUGGACACAACUUGUUUGCUUUGAAGAAGUUUUUGUGUGUUAAAAAUGAUUAUAUUAACAUUUUUAAUAUAUAGCAUUUUGUUUAUCUAUUAAUAGAUUGAGUAGAUUACAAGUAGUACUUAUCUUCUCCAUGGUUGUUGAGGUAUAUGUGGGAAACUCCUUCGUUAUUCUGCUUUCACAUUUUAGUUUUCCCCACACUGCAUUUCUCAACAGCAAUCAACAGCUGAAACAGCAGAUGGGGUCAGAGGUGAAACAGCUCCAGGACAGGCUGGUCAACAUCCAGUCAGAGUUUGAGGUGGUCAGUGAAGACCGGAUGGCCAGUAUGGAUAAGAUCAACGACCUCAACAAACGCUUGCUGGCUGCCCAACAGGAAAAGGAGGCGGCGCAUCGAAAGUUUAUGAAAGAGGUCGGUACAGCGUUAGUUUAUAAUACAGUUUUGACUGGCACAGAUUGGCUGAUUGCUUUGAAGGUUCAAAACUUAAUAAUUGAUCGGACAAAUGUUUCUUAUCUUAAUUCUCGACUGUCACUGUGAACUGAUCAAUCAGAAAUAUAAUUUUUAAAAUAUGUGAAUGCGCAAAGAGUUUGUAGAGCCUCAACAAGGGAUCAUGGUAUUUGUUUACUGACUGAAAUGAACAGAGGUUGCAUGUGUAUUUUCUCUGACCAAUCAGCUGGCUCUCAUUGAACAAGAUCAGCAGCUGAAGACACGUAACCUUGAAGUGAAACUGCAGACCACAGAAGAUUCCCGUCAUCAAACUGUGAGUGAGUUGAGGAGGCUGUUAACUGGCCAGCAGAGGAUGAGUGCCAGGUUGGUGUUUGUUUUCUGUCAAGUGGUCUAAAUUAUCAUAUCUCUGGAUGUCUUAACAAUUUUAGACUUAAACCAAUGCAAUCCAAGUAAAUAAUUUAAUAAUGUUCGUUGUGAUUUCUACUAAAUAAUUUUUUUUUUAAUUUGUUUGUUUGCAGCCCUAAAAAUAAGGGUAUAUAAUUAAUACUGGUAGUUGUAGUCAGGUCAACCAUUACCACUCAUGAUGAUAAUCCAGAUAUCACUUAUGUCAGAGGCAGAAGUUCAGUUGAAUGUUGAUUAACAAGACACAAACAAUUUGUCUAAAGAAAACAAUAUAUCUUAAGCUUCAAUUAUGAUUACACAAUCUACAAAUUCAAACAUUUUGGCAAAUGCCUUCAUCAGUACUACAGAAAAAACUUUAAUAGAAUUAUAAAUUAAAUUACAUAAUAUAUAUACAUACAUAUAUUAUAUAUGGAUGUCUAUCCUACUUAUACCUAAAAUGAAAGAAAAGAAUAAGAAUGGGCAGGUCCUUUAUGAAAACAAAGAUCAGAGAAGAAAAACCUUAAACCUGCCUGGAAAAUCUUUUUCUGACUGCAUCCUAGGAUAAAACCACCCAAUAAAUUGUAGCAAUUUUCCUGUCCUGUACAUACAUUGUAUUGAUAAAUAAAUGUGCCACUGUGUUUUUAUUCUAUUCACCGUAUUUCUUGAAGAUGGAAGGAAGAAUGUCAGACGAUCACUCACAAGUUUGAGGGUAAGCUGGAGGACAUGAGGAGUGAGCUGUCCCAUGUCAAGAAAAGAAAUGAAGAGCUGACCAGUUUACUGAAAGACAGUCAGACAAAAACUGCUGAGGUGGGCAAGAAAUGUUAACUGUUUUCUUCAUCGUCAUCAAUUUUAUUCAAUGUUAACAAUUUGUUUUGUUCACUGUUAACUACUGUCUCAUUCAAUAUAAAAAAACAAAAACUGUUCCAUUCAAUGACAAACUGUUUUAUUCAAUCUUAAACUAUUUUAAAUUUUAUUCAACGUUGUUUUAGGUGGAGAGGUUGUUGUCUGAUUACACUAAAAACAUCAGGAGAAUGGAAGAGAGGGUGAGGGAGGCAGAGAUGCAAGCAGGGGAGGCCGCCAAGCAAGUUGCCAGGCAGAGCAUGAAGGAAAGGCAGCUGGCAGCAGAGAGAGCCAGCUUACUAGUAGAGUUAUCCCGGAGUCAAAGGUGAGGUUGGAGCAGUGCUUGGUUUACAAUUAACUUCCAAAACCCCCUUGCAGUUGGAUCACAUGUGCUACAAGUCAAAUUAGAUGACCUCUGAUUGUUUUUAGUUUUUAAAUCUCAUUUUGGCAUGGUGCAAAUAUAAAUUCAUAAAAGACAUUGUCAUUGUUGAUGCCGCUUUAAUAUGUUUGGUGGCUACUGCCAAAGGAUAAAUAUAAUAUGUAUGAUUGCUUUGUGUUCACAAACUUAAUAAUUUAAUUUGCUACCAUGCUCUAUCUUAUUGUAAAUUUUACUUUCAUCCAUACAAUUUUAUGCUUUAAAAUAAAUACAGAUUUUUUAUUUAAUUCUUAUAGGUGGUUUGUGAAAGUAUUUCAUGAUAUUUAUAUGCAUUUUAAAUUCAUUUAGAAUCUUAUUUUUUCUCAUGAAAUUGAUUAUCUAGGGCUGGAAGCCUAAUUGCAAGCCCUAAAGAGCGAAUAACUCUGGAUUACAGCAAUAAAGUAGAGGCUGUCCUGGGAACAAGUCGUCGAGGGGAGCUGACUCUUGACCAGCUGAACAGCUCUACCAAAAAAUUCCAAACUUCUAAGAACAGCACAGACAGCUGAUGAUUCCAAAAAAAAUUAAUUAAAAUUGCUGACUGACUGUGAUAAGCUGCAUUAUUACCUGUACCCAUUGCAUUCUGAAUUCCGUGACACAUAAAAUUUGUCAGCUGAACUCUUUAGAUGUAAAACAUGAACAUUCUCUUAUACUUAAAGGUAACAUUUAGUUGUAAACUGAUCAUGUGAUCAACCAGGUGAUGGGUUGGGG